UUCAUGACAUUUCACACGUUAUUCUGUGACUAGGAUGGGAAGCUGUUUCCCGCCGAAUGCAGCCAAUGGGGUUUUUCGAGCUUCCGACCAAUGAAUGGCGGCGUCGCGGUUGCUAGGGGGAAGUUGAUAUGGGUGGUUUGGUUGCUAUGGGAAGCUUCAUGGUGGCUUCCUGUCUGGGGGCGAUCCGGUGACCAUGUGCGCGGUUGUCGUGCAAGAAGAGGAAAGCGUGGGGCGCCUUCGUGAUGAGUAUCGCAGGAAGCGAUGGGUUAAGGCAUUUGAGGCAUGUGAUGAAGGCAACAAAGGAUACCUAAGCAGAGAGGACUACAAGGUUGCAGUAGUGAUGCUAUUUGGCUAUAAGCCCUCAAAGAUGGAAGCAGAUUCUGUCAUGGCCUCUGUGCAGCAAAACCAGUUAGGUGUAUCUCUUGAUGCAUUUCUCAGUCUUAUGAGGACAAAGAAGACUUCACAGUUGUACCACAGUGAAGCAAGACAUCUCUUCACUGCUUUUGACAUGCAAUGUAAAGGAUUUUUGUCUUUGGACGAUUUCAAAAAAGCCUUCAGAAUUGUUGCACCAAAGUUACCAGAAAGGACCAUAGUUGAAACCUUCAGGGAAGUUGAUCAGGAUUCCGAUGGCCUUAUUAGCUUCAAAGAGUUUGAAUCAGCAAUGAACUAUGGACAAGAUCAUUUGUCGGCACUUCCAUUUACCUAGGGUGCAUUUUCUACAGAAAAUGCAAUAAAACCUACAUACCUAAGAUAUUCUAACAUCUACAAAGCAUUUUGCCUCUAAAAGAUUUUUAAAAAUUAUUUAUGAAGCUAUUUAAAAACUAUAUUUUGAAAUCUUCCUUUUGUGAUACUCCAUCAAAAUAUUGUUUCAUAUGCAUUCAAAUCAAUCUACUUUGAAGAUUUCCUUAUGUGUUUUUGUUUUCCUAAUAAAUAGUU